UCCCAUUGUCCGCAGUCGCAACGAGCCCGGCGCAGAACCAGCAAAAGACGAUAAAUGUCGACACCCGCAACGCGCCCGACUGCGCUCAGUGUGAACACCUCCGUCAGCUCGGCUUCGUCGCUCGCGCCUGCUUCUGCCUCUGUCACUCCAACACCCUCCCUCGUCGCCCCGGCUUCGGGCCUCGCGCGCGCCCGCUCCAUCGACUCACCCACAUUCUACCGCGAUCUCACCCCCCUCCCCUCCCCCAUCGUCGGCCCUCCGCGCACGCCCUCGACCCACAGACUCGGUCCUCCACCACUACCGCCACCGUCUGGCGUCCAAGCCCGUCCGCGCAAGCCCUAUGGAGAACUCACGCUCAACAGCCAAGAUCCCUUGCAGCGCGAGCUGACCCGCGCAAGCUCAGUCCGCGAACCCACGCUCGAAGUCUUCGAGGCCUACGAGCACCGCUCACUUCGCAAACUCAGAUGGAAAGAAGUUCGCUUACUCGGCAAGGGUUCGUUCUCACGAGUGGUCUUGGCCAGGCUGAUCCUACCCUCGACCUCAUCGUCCGAUGACGACGACGAUGACAACGACGACCGAAAGACCGAUAGAGGUGACAAAUCAAAGCGGAAAGACAAGAAAGAAAGUCGGUUAGAGCAGUUUCGCGGCAAAGAACUCGUUGCCGUCAAGAUCGUCGAGCUCGCUGGCGCUGGCGGUGCUUCAAGAGAACGCAUCGAGAGCUCUCUGAAGCGAGAAGUUGAUAUUCUGCAGGAUCUUGAUCACCCAUGUCUAAUCCAUCUCGUGGCCUUCAACCUAGAUCAAACCCGAGCGUUGAUCGUCCUUCCGUUCUGCAUCGGAGGUGAUCUUUUCGACCUGGCCACCAGCCCCGAACGCGAGACCAUCCUGCAGCCCGCCGUCGUCCGCAGACUAUUUGCCGAAGUCGUUUCCGCCGUGCUCUAUCUUCACACCCACAGCAUCGUCCACCGCGACAUCAAGCUCGAGAAUGUACUCCUCAACGUUCCUCAAUCCUCAGUCCUUGACGCAAUAUCAAAAGACAGAUCUCUCACAACUCUGACCGACUUUGGUCUAUCACGACAUAUCGAUCCCGAGAAACCUAUGCUCACAACUCGCUGUGGAUCUGAAGACUACGCUCCUCCAGAACUGAUUAUGGGCCAACCAUACGACGGCCGUCAGACCGAUGCUUGGGCUCUAGGUGUCUUACUGUACGCCUUAAUAGAAGGUCGAUUCCCGUUUGACGGACCACCAGCUCAAGUAUCCCCCGUAACCCCCGGAAGCCGCAAAAGCAGCGCUCGGAAUCGCGUCAAGCAUCGAAUCGCAAGAGUUGAGUGGAGUUGGAUCAAGCUGCGGCGGAAAACAUCAGAAGAGACUACACUAGAGGCCGCAGCCGACGACAAACCGGCAGAGGAGGAGCCGGAGGAGAUUUGGAAGAGUGCGAUGCAGAUCGUCGAAAAAUGUCUGCAACGACGGGAGUCGCGAUCGGCGGUGUCUGACAUUGCAAGCACUGAAUGGGUCAAAGGGGUUCUUGACUCCAUCAACCUUACUCGAUGAUAAGGAUUGUUUUCAUUUGCGCCAUGUGAGAAGACAAUCAGGAAGAUGAUGAUAUUCCACGCAAUAGGGCACCAUUGGGGUAGAUAUACCCGUGUACGAUAAUACGAAUAAACAAGAUAGAGCACAUAUCAACAAACUGGCCGAUGGGAGUUUGGAACCUUGACAAUAAGAAGGAAUGUCGCCUGUAUUUACGAGAUCUACGUGUUCUGUAACUGGUA